AUGCAACGAAACGAUGGUAGUGACUCACGGUUUGACGGUCGCGCGUUCGCGAACACGACGCGGGGACUACGGGGGGAACACGGCAGGUGCUUGCUACUGCCGGUUGCUGAUACUGGCUGCUACUCCGCUACCACCACCUUCAACGAGCUGGCCAGUCAGCUGGGUAACUCGGCAAGGCAGACGGAUGUUUCCAGCAGAUUAUUGAUCGGAACAGAUACUUCCACUGACAAUAAUGCAACCGACAAUGGGAAGUCCUCAGCGAUGGCGUCCGUCCAAAUUCUUUUCGGAUUCUCUAAUCUCUUGCUUCCUGCGAGAUUUGUCCCUGCGUAA